AUGGAGCAGGUGCAGAUCGAGUACCUGCCCGCGGAGGCGGCCGAGAACGGGCAGCCCUUCGAGCCCCAGUUCCAGCACCACGCGCUGCUCUACAUCAAGUACCUGCAGAUCUACAAGAAGCUUGAGGACUGCCACGACCAGAUGGUGCACCCCCAGAAGCGACGGAGCAUCAAGAAGGUGCUGAAGAGCACGAUCAUCCGUAUCCUGGAGCUGAAGGCCCAACUGAUUAACUUCAACCCCCGCACGAAGAACCGCUUCGUCGCCCUGGACGAAGUGCUCACGGACUUGAAGCUCAACCCGGAGACGAUCGAGUGGAAGGUGCCCAGGUAUUUCCUCGACGACAAGGAGUGCAGAGAGGAGAUCGAGGACAAGCAGGACAAGGUGGAGCACUGGCUCAAUCACUUCGGCAAGUCGACGGAGCCAGACACCCUGGUCGACAAGAAGGACCCCUUCGAGAUCGGGCUGACCACCGACCAGGCGGUGCAGAUCAUCCAGAAAAACGAGAGGGGGCGGAUGGGCAUAACGCGGGCCGACAUGGUGUGCACUUGGCGCAAGGACUCCCACCGGAAGGAGGAGAGGCAGAAGCGCCAGGCGGAAAAGGGCGACCAGGCUGGCGACGACGUGCUCGAGAGCCAGGUGCUCGCCGCCACCCGCAUCGCCGCGCACUGGAAGCGGCGGGUGGACCGCCGGCGCUUCAUCCGCAUGCGGGAGGAGGAGUUCGAGUUCUUGGGCAUGGCUCCGCCGCGCAGCGACACGAAGGCGCAGAUCAUAGCGGACAUGGAGAAGCACCGGAUUCGCCGGAAGAAGAACCAGGAGGACAACGACAAUGUCUACGAGAAGGCCUUGAUGGAGCAGCUCGCCUACCUCAAGAAGAAGAAGGGUGAGGAUAUCAAGGCCGACUUGCUGAGAGACCGGCGCGAGUGGGUUCUGGAGCAGUGCCAGAAGCCCAACAAGGACAAGCAGCUGAAGUUCCCUGCCGAGUUCGACGAGUUCUACCAGCGGUUUGACAAGGGGGACGACGAGGAGGAAGAUCCGAAGGGGAAGGACCCCAAGAAGGACGCGAAGAAGGGCAAAGACGCCAAGGGGAAGGGUGGCAAGAAAGGCAAGGGCGCCGAGGUGGAGGAGGACACGCAGGAGAGCGGGCCGAGCCACGUGGUGGCCCAGUUCGUCGAGCGGAUCAACGAGUACACGGAGAUGUGGGAGAACCGCAACGAGGACAACAACUUCGACCAGCGCCACGACAUCGAGCUCGCGAGGAAGAACGUGUUCCCCAUCGUGGAGGCGGAGCUCCGCGCGGCCGUGGACGACAUGAUGAGGGAGGAGCUCUCCAACCUGAAGGCCAUGUUCGAGACGGCCAAGAAGAAGAAGGAGAAGAAGAAGAAGCCUCCGAAGCCCAAGAAGCCGAAGCCUCCAAAGAAGUGGUGCGCAGCGGUGGGUUCCAUUACUGACCGCGAGGGGUGCGUUCCCGAACUGGUGGAUUUCGAGAUCUUGAAGAAAGUGCAGCCUUGUAAUCUGCAGGACUUCUGGGGCGAGUAUCGGGCUGCCUAUGGCAUGCCACUCCGCCGCACCAGCCCAACACCCUCGAAGGCGUUUGUUCCGGGGGUGCACGCGGGCACGGUGGCGGAUCACUUCCUGGGGGCGAUGCAGCGCAGCUUCCAGGCGCACGAGACGCAGAUCACCGCCGCCAAGUGCCAUUGCCCGCCCCCGUCGGCGCAGAUGAUCAGGUCGCUCCUGGUGGAGCACUGCGUGCUCCCCCUGGCGCAGACAGACAUCCGCCAGAAGGCUCCCGUCGACUUGGCGGCCAGGUCGCUGCUCCUGUACGGCCCCAAGGGGUCGGGCAAGUCCAUGCUCGCUCGCGCCAUCGCGGCAGAGACGGGCGCUGCGUUCUUCGACAUGUCGCCAGCAGUGAUCGAGGGCAAGAGCAUCGGGUUCAAGAACUCGGCUGCCGCGCUAGUGUACAAGGUGUUCAUCUGCGCGCAGGACAUGGCGCCCUCGGUGAUCUACAUAGACCAGGUCCACUUGGUCUUCCAGCUGAAGAAGAAGGGGAAGAAGGGCGACCCCAACGCGCCAGACCGGAUCAAGCAGGACCUAGCGAAGGCAAUACAGCAGGUGAAGCGUGGGCCAGAGGCCACCGAGCAGGACCGGAUCCUCUUCAUAGGCACCACGUCGUCGCCUUCCGCUGACGGCGUUGACGAGAAGGGGCUCAUGGACGCCUUCGACGAGAAGGUCUGGGUCAACUACCCUGAGUACGGCAGCCGAGUCGUGCUCUGGCAGAAGUUUAUAGAGCAGAAGGGCGUCUUUGUCGACCCCGUUAAGCUCAACAUCUCCACCCUGGCCCGCGUUAGCGACGGCUAUUCCGCGGGAUCCAUCAAGCAGACGGUGGACCGGGUGCUGACCGCCCGACGUGUGCAGCAGCUGAAGAACAGAGCACUCAAGGUGCAGGAGUUCAUCGGGCCGCUGUCCCGGACCGCGUACUGCUGGCAG